AUGCCGGUUUCUCGUAUUGCCCUUAUUUACUACAAUGAAGAUGUUUUAGGAAAUGCAGCCGAUUUAUGUCCAGGCGGAUUCCAAUUCGUAACCCAGACAUCGUACUGCUAUCAAAUCAGCUCUAAGCUGUACUCAGCUGCUGAUGCUGAUAGCUACUGCAAAUCGCAGAAUGCUCAGCUUGCAGCAAUGGUACUACAGGCGGAGAUGACAGCACUUUUGCAGCUCACUACUGGCCAUGCCAUCCCACCUUGGGUAGGGGCCGCUCGAGUGUCCAACAGCACUUGGAAAUGGAAUACCGGAAGCAGCGUGUCAAGCACUUUCUGGGCUAAAGGCGAGCCUUCGAUUUAUGGUGACUGUGCUACGUUACGCAGUGGAUCCGCUCCUGGUAUGUCCUCCUGCCCGUGCUACAACCAGCAACCAGCCUUGUGCAAAUUGAAGCCAAAAUUGGUGAAAUCAUCCCCAAUCGUACAAAACGGCACGAGUGGUGAGAUGAGCUCUCCCAACUACCCCAAUAACUAUGGUCCUUUUUUGGAGCAAAUGUAUCUCAUCAACAGUGACGGAAACUCAUCGAUAUUUGCUAUGUUUGACGCAUUCAGAACUGAGUUGAAUUACGAUUACUUGGAAAUCUACGAUGGCGGAGAUAUACAGUCGAAACUUCUCGCAAACUUCUCAGGUGCCAACUUGGCGACAAACACUGUGCAGACGACUGGAAACAGGAUGACGAUGCGCUUCAUUACCGAUGGAUCACUGCAAUUCUUUGGUUGGCAUAUGAUUUGGAACAACGUUUGA